GGUCCCCCGGACGGCGGGGCGGGGCUAGCGCGGGGGCACGUGACGCUCAGGGACGAGUGCGCGAGCGGGCUGUGGCGAGCAUGGCGCAGUGGGCUUCAUCUGCUGUCCGCGCUCUCAGGCUCUGGGGCCCGGGCGGUGAACGGGCCUGGGCCCGCCGGCCUCGUAUUGCAGGUGGAUGGACGCCCAUACCCUUUUCUGCUGGUGUCUCGAGUGUCUUUGGAAAUGGAGGCGACAGUAAGAAGGAGAAGCUAUCCCUGCAGGACAUUGCUGAGCUGAUUCGAGCCAGGGCCUGCCAGAGGGUGGUGGUCAUGGUGGGGGCUGGCAUCAGCACACCUAGCGGCAUCCCGGACUUCAGGUCUCCAGGAACUGGCUUCUACAGUAGCUUCCAGCACUGCGAUGUCCCAUACCCUGAGGCCAUUUUUGAACUCACAUUUUUCCUUCACAACCCCAGCCCCUUCUUCACGUGGGCCAAGAAGAUGCACCCUGGGAACUACAGGCCUAACAUCAUCCACUACUUCCUGCGGCUGCUCCACGACAAGGGGCUGCUCCUGCGGCUCUACACACAGAACAUCGACGGGCUGGAGCGAGCAUCGGGCAUCCCUGGCUCUAAGCUGGUUGAAGCUCACGGGUCCUUUGCCUCUGCCUCCUGCACUGUCUGCCAAAGAACAUCCCCAGCAGAGGACUUCUGGGCCUCUGUGAUGGGGGACAGGGUCCCCCGCUGCACAGUUUGCACUGGCGUCGUGAAGCCUGACAUCGUGUUCUUUGGGGAGGCCCUGCCCCAGAGGUUCCUGCUGCACCUGGCAGAUUUUCCCAUUGCAGACCUGCUGCUCAUCCUGGGGACCUCCCUGCAGGUGGAGCCUUUUGCCAGCCUGUCUGAGGCUGUGCGGAGCUCAGUGCCCCGAGUGUUCAUGAACCAGGAAGCGGCGGGGGCCUUGGCCUGGCGUCCUCGCAGCAGGGAUGUGCUGCAGCUGGGGGACCUGGUGGACGGCGUGAAGAUGCUGGCAGAGCUGCUGGGCUGGACGGAGGAGCUGAAGGACCUCGUCCAGCGAGAGACCGGGAAGGUACUCUGAGAAGUGAGGUUUCUGUGCCUGUGUGGGAUGCAGCCCCGCGGGCGACGCUUUCAGGAAAUUGUGAGAGCCGCUGACCUGACUGCUGAGGGUAGAAACACCACAGAGGCUAAAGCUCUAGAUUUCAAAUCCCACGGACAAGUGCAGUUACAGAAAAUGCAGUUUUCCUUGAGACUCAGCAGUGUCACCCUGUGGGCGAGUUUCUCCAGGUGGUGGCAUUGGGCAUCUGGAGUCCAGUUGUCUUGGGACAGCACGAAGCAGGCAGGGAGAACACCCCCAGGGUGUGACCAGAAGUGCUGAUCUGGUUCCUGUGGCCACGAGACAGAUGUCUUGGGGACCCCACCCUCCACCUGUGACUGUCACCUCUACUGGCAGAAGCCCCCCUCUGGCUGUAGCCUCAUUUCCUACCAAGUAGGACCAGAGAGGAUUCGAAGCUAAGGAUGAGACAGCACUUAGGUUUCUGCUUGUCACAUGUCUGAGCCAUUGCUAUUUCAGGCCUUUUGUUGUCUGGUUCUCAGGGCUGAGAUGUAGGCUGGUGCCGUUUCUCAUCACGUGGAAGGAGAUAAAGGCCACCCACAUCCAGGUCACAUUGCCGUCACUUUUGAGUCUGCAGCUUACUUGAGAGCCUCUUCUGGGCUCCGACUUCUUCCACCAACAGCAAGAUUAAGUCAGGGAGCCCCUGUGGAUUUUUGGAACUAGUCCUGUAAGAUUUGCCCUGUGGUAUUUCCUAGUUUUACAAUUUGUAUAAAUUGGGUUAUGACUUUAGGGGUUUAUUUAGGGUUACUGUCCAAGAUGUGGUGCCAGGGUAUACCUUGAUUUGCCGCUUACAUGAGGCCCUCCGUUUAGCCACCCAUUUGUGCCUAGCUCUACUGGAAUCAUCUUAAUUUGGCUGAACAGCAGUAUUUGCAGAGACAGAAAAGCUUCAUCUUAUGUAAUAGUUUGCACCCAGGCCCUGACAUCUGUCUGCCUACCCAGGUGUUUCCAGGUAACCAAUUUUUUCUCUCCCUUGUGUUCCAGUUCAGUGGGUGGGACAGGUAGGGUGAGGGCUGUUUCCGUACCAGAAAUGGUUCCAUGGAGUCAUUACCCAUUUCUGAACAGACCUCGUUUCUGAAGAACAGCUUGGGCAGGUUUACAAAUUUUGGCUGACCCAGGACUGGAGCAGAGCACGGGGCUCUACUGGCACCGUCCCCAGCCAUGUCUGCACUGUGCCUCGGCAUGGGUGCCCCUGGCCUGCCUGUCUGGUUAACUCUUCACUUUGCUGAAGCUCUCACUUCCCAGCACUUCCUUCUGACUGUGGUCCUGGACUCAGGCUGCACCCACUUUUCCUGUGUCCAGGUCUCCACUUGAAGGGCAGGCUCAGCAUCUGUCAGAAAGGCCCAUCUCUGGCUGAGUGGGCCCAGUCACCUCCCAGUGUGGGGUCCUGGGUCCCAAGAAGUAUGCUGGGCUCUUGGCAGGUUGGUCUCCUGAGUUUGAAGAAAGCCUGUCCUUCACUACUGACAUGAAAUAAAUUCUGCUGUAGAAA